UCAUACAUACUGACACUGUAUUGUGAAAAUAUUUAGCUAAGACUUGUGCAAAAUGUACACUUCAUUAAUUGUUUUAUUAGUCAUAUCAUGUGCGGCAGCACUGCCUAAUUGUCCCCCCACGAAUGGUUACCUACCCACAUAUUUCCCACAUGAGACAUCUUGCUCUAACUUCUACGAAUGUUCUAAUGGGAUCCCGUACACAAUGGAAUGCCCACGUGGAUUAGAUUUCAACCCUCGUAUAAAUGUCUGCGACUACCCAGAAAGGGCAGGGUGUAGAUCUACUGCUGAGGUUCCACAAACCGCGGACUGAUCUUCCAUACUUCAGAGAGUCUUCAUACUUUUGCCAACUUAUUUAUUUAUUUAUUCAUUGAGUAUUAUAUUAUCAGUUAACUAAAUAUAAAAUGAUUAAUAUUAUUCGAUAAA